AUGGCCCCGCUGUGGUGGCUGCUGGGCUCGCUGGUGGCCGCGGUGGCGGGGGGGGGGUCGGUGGAGCAGCCCCCCGCCUCCGAGCCCGCCUGCCCCGUGUGCCUGUGGCGGCGGCAGAGCAAAGAGCUGCGCCUGGAGAGCAUCAAGUCGCAGAUCCUGAGCAAGCUGCGGCUGAAGGAAGCGCCCAACAUCACCCGGGAGGUGGUGAAGCAGCUGCUGCCCAAGGCCCCCCCGCUCCAGCAGCUCCUGGACCUCCACGACUUCCAGGGGGACUCGCUGCAGCACGACGAGUACCUGGAGGAGGACGAGUACCACGCCACCACCGAGACCGUCAUCAGCAUGGCCCAGGAAACCGACCCGGUGGUGCAGAUCGAGGGCAACCCGCACUGCUGCUUCUUCAACUUCAGCCCCAAGAUCAUGUUCACCAAGGUGGUGAAGGCGCAGCUCUGGGUGUACCUGCGGCCGGUGCAGCACACGUCCACCGUGUACCUGCAGAUCCUGCGCCUCAAGCCCGUCACGGACGAGGGCAGCCGCCACAUCCGCAUCCGCUCGCUCAAGAUCGAGCUCAACUCGCGCGCCGGCCACUGGCAGAGCAUCGACUUCAAGCACGUCCUGCAGAACUGGUUCAAGCAGCCCCACAACAAUUGGGGCAUCGAGAUCAACGCCUUCGACCCCAACGGCAACGACCUGGCGGUCACCUCGCUGGGACCCGGCGCCGAGGGGCUGCACCCCUUCAUGGAGCUGCGCGUCCUGGAGAACAACAAGCGCUCCCGGCGGAACCUGGGGCUGGACUGCGACGAGCACUCCACGGAGUCGCGCUGCUGCCGCUACCCGCUCACCGUGGACUUCGAGGCCUUCGGCUGGGACUGGAUCAUCGCCCCCAAGCGCUACAAGGCCAACUACUGCUCGGGCCAGUGCGAGUACAUGUUCAUGCAGAAGUACCCGCACACGCACCUGGUGCAGCAGGCGAACCCGCGCGGCUCGGCCGGGCCCUGCUGCACGCCCACCAAGAUGUCCCCCAUCAACAUGCUCUACUUCAACGACAAGCAGCAGAUCAUCUACGGCAAGAUCCCCGGCAUGGUGGUGGAUCGCUGCGGCUGCUCCUAG